UGAAUCCACCCUAGAUCCGUAAUAUCUGCCAUCUCGUUAUUCUCUCGCGAGCCGACUUCGCGAAAGUUCGUUCUCUGCGUUCUCCGGCUGGGAAACGGCUGAUUCGCGCCGGAAUUGAUCCUCCAGGGAGGUGUGAUUGCCGGAGAGGAGUGAUGAACGGCGGAGAUUUGAAUCAGCAACAGCAGCAGCAGCACCAACAGAUGCAGCAACACCAGCAAUGGCUUGCGAUGCAGCAAUACCAUCAGCAAUGGAUGGCGGUGCAGUACCCUGCCGUGACGAUGCAACAGCAUAUGAUGCAUUACGUGCCGUACUACCACCCUCACCACCAGCAGCAGUACCAGCAACCGCCGCCGCUGAAACAGAACAAUCAGAUUCAGAGCUCUAGUGAAGAUAACAAGACGAUCUGGAUUGGAGAUCUCCAACCGUGGAUGGAUGAAGGCUAUCUUCAUUCAUGUUUUUCUCAAACUGGCGAGGUUGUCUCAGUGAAGAUAAUCCGCAAUAAGCAUACUGGUCAGUCAGAGAGGUAUGGAUUCAUUGAGUUCAGUUCUCAUGUAGCUGCAGAGAAAGUUCUGCAGAGCUACAGCGGUGCCACAAUGCUGAACACAGAUCAGCCGUUUCGCUUGAAUUGGGCAGCCUUUAGCUCUGGUGAUAGGCGGCCCGAUGCUGGUUCUGAUUUGUCAAUAUUCGUUGGAGAUUUGGCCACUGAUGUUACUGAUGCAAUGUUGCAUGAUACAUUCGCUAGUAGGUAUCCAUCUGUUAAAGGUGCCAAAGUUGUAGUUGAUGCAAAUAGCGGCCGCUCGAAAGGAUAUGGCUUUGUUAGGUUUGGUGAUGAAAAUGAGAGGACCCGAGCAUUGACUGAGAUGAAUGGACUGUAUUGUUCCAGCAGACCUAUGCGAAUUGGUGCUGCAACACCCAAGAAACCUUCAUCACAGCAGCAAUAUUCUUCACUAGGUGGAUAUUCAAAUGGUGUGCUGCCUCAAGGUCAGCCUGAGAACGACUCAUCCAACACAACGAUAUUUGUGGGAGGACUUGAUUCAGAUGUUACUGAUGAAGAGCUGAGACAAUCCUUUACUCCAUUUGGGGAGGUUGUCUCUGUAAAAAUACCCGUGGGAAAGGGGUGCGGCUUUGUACAAUUUGCAAACAGAAGCAAUGCAGAGGAUGCUCUCGAGAGACUAAAUGGAACAGUUAUCGGAAAGCAGGCUGUUCGUCUUUCAUGGGGCAGAAACAUGGGAAACAAACAGUGGAGCGGAGCGUACUAUGGGAAGCAAGGUGGAUAUGCUGCUGCAAUUUACGGGACACCUUCGAAUGGCCAUGCAACUGCCCAGCAGUAGCCCAUCUUCUGAGCAAGCCUAUUUAUCGAUCGCCAGGGAUAGAUGUAUCCGAAAACCGACAAGAAUUUUGUAGCUGGAUUAUAUAUCAUCACCCCACCCCACCCCCUCCCCUCCCCUCCCCUCCUCCCUUUCUGUUUUAUCCUUUUCAAACUC